AAUCGACGAGACGAAGAGCAUCCUCGAGUCCGCCCACAGUAUCUCCUCCCUGAAAUCCAGCAUAGUAGGGGCAUUUUUGCCUGGUGACUUUCGUAGCAUAACCACAACUGCAAUUGGCAAUGGCAACCCUCUCCGGCGCAGAGCGCAUCCGUGCAAUCACAGACGAGGACGGCAUGUUCAAGGCCUUUGACACAUACCCCUGGAAGCGAGAUAAGAUGUUUACAUCCGGCCUCUACGCGAUCCUCGGUGACCCAAACACAGAAAACCCCCAAGGCACACCCACCGACCUAGCGAUCCACGCCCGGACAUUCUACUACGCCCAACGCAUCGGCGUAACCAUUGACUUUGCAAAGUACAAGGAGUGGCUCGCGAAGCAUCCGGACCAUACACCCCCCGACGUCCUGCCCGAAGAGUACAAGACCGCCAGCACAGCCAGCACAGCUACCGCAGCCAGCGGAGCAGCAGAAUCAUCAACAGAUGAAGUCCCAACACUAACAUCGAAGCUCGACGACCUCAGCACCAACGAGAAGACAUCCACAGAUCCAGCAACAGACUCAUCCACAAAACCUGUAGAUGAAACAACGCCCUCAUGGCAAGCAGCAGCGCCAAAAGCAGACCUCUACGUCGAACGCAAAGCACAGCCGCCACAGGAGGGCGCCCCAGGCCAAGGGGGCGACGAACCAGCGUACCCAAUGGGCUUCGCGCAGAUGCUGGAGAUGAUUCAAAAGGGUAUUCCCAUCCCUGGCAUCAGGCAGAUCCCAGAUACCGUCGUCAGAGACGCGUCUGUGAAACCGUUUGGGAAACGUGCGGUGCCCAAGAAGCCGUGGGAGAAAGACAUCGCGACUGUAGACACGACGGAGAAGCCAUCUGUAGUCGACUCUGAAUUUCCGCCCCUGGAUGAUGCCGCGUCCCCUGAAGCAGAGGCAGAGCCUCAUUAGGGGAGGGGAAAGGGUAUAGGGGUAUAAUGCUGGUGAAGUACC